UCAAAGGCUUUUCAAUGAUAAACACAGAUUUACGAUGAACAAGAGAAAAUAAUGUAUUCUCCAUGCCUUCCCAAUUUUUUCCAUAUCAUCAGAAAUUCUGAUUGAAUGACUUGUCAUUUUUCUCUCGAGCUGGAAGCACUUUUAUUUAGUGAUUGCCAUCACUGGUGUGAUAGAACGUCUUAAGGUAUAAGAAUUGUGAUUGCUGUAGGUGAGGUCAGAUGUUCUCACAACUGUGUGCACUUUUAGUUAUUUGUUGUUUGCUUCUAAAAUUGUGUACUCUACCACCAUUAGGUUGCUGAUUUUGGGCUUGCUAAAUUGACACUGGAUUCACAUACUCAUGUAAUAACUCGUGUCAUGGGAACCUUUGGAUAUAUGGCUCCAGAGUAUGCAACAAGUGGGAAAUUGACAGAUAAAUCUGAUGUUUUCUCUUUUGGGGUUGUACUUUUAGAAUUGAUUACUGGUGGAAAGCCUGUAGAUUCUUCUCAGCCUCUAGGGGAUGAGAGCUUAGUUGAAUGGGUACGAUUGUUGAGACUAUUGUCGGUCACAAUGGCAAUUGAAUCACACCAUCUAUUUGAACAGGGAGCUAUAACUAAAUGAAUUACUGCAAUAGAAGAAAUGACUGCAAGUGAGUACAAUUAGUCAGACUCUCGUCUUUGUGACAAGAUCUUGAAGUUCAUCAUUUGUGCAUUCGGACCUGUUAUUG